AUGUUGGGUCGUCUGCUUGCUAAAAAUAUGCUUCAUGAUGCGGGCCCACAUUCUGAGGAGCCGCCUUCACAAUUCAGCCCGCAUCUAAAUGAGGAAAUCAAGCAGAAGUUGUACGGUACAAAGCAUUUGGACUGCACUGUUUCCUCAGUGCAUCGCUUCAGGGUAGUGAUAGCUCAAGAACUAGGUCAGCUCAUGAGCAGGCAAAACUAUCAAGUUGUUUUUGAUUAUGUCACGGCCCGUGGCACAGCGAUGGAUCAUAUUUCUGUGACCGAGGUAAAAGAAUACAUGUUUGGGUCACCAGUACGAGCCAAGACCCGUCAUAAGAGCGAAAAAUUUCGUGUAGUAGCGAACGCUGGCGUCCUACUAGUUACACGGGUUUUUUAUGCGCCGCAUCGUGACACACGCCUUGCUAUAUGUCUAUCACUACCAGAACCCUUUUUGACCGCUUUAAGUGAAAUUUGGGAACAUGUGAGCCGCUGGCUCGAUGAGUGCCAGGAUUUGCUUCUUGCAAUACUUGUCAAUGAAGAUUUGACAUUUCUGCCGCGUGAUCUGCGUGUUCACGAUCCACAGAUAACACAAUCUAUCAUUCAGUCGCUUCACACUCUUGUGCUGCCACUCAUGUCAUCGCAUACCGAAAUACCGAGAUUGCUGCUCUAUCCGUCGAAUAAUUACGACUACCUCUCAAGUUGGUUCAAAGACGUUUUCCAGUGGCUUGAAAUCAAAGAUGGUCACAGACUUCGAUUUUUACCCGUGCUCUUCGCCAAAAUCAUUCAAGACUUCGCCUCAGAAAUGACCCGAACCGAAUCCUGCCGUAUUGUUGUCAUAUCUGGGAAUAUGGCAGUCGCCAACAAAUUGAUCUUUCUGAUAUCGGCGUUACUUAGGCCUCGAUUCAAAGGCAAAAUUUCCACUCUGGAAGAAAAUGAUGUUACAGAACAAGAUUCCCAUGCUGAGAGCUCUAAGCGAGGAAUGUCGUCAAAUAAUGAGACAAGUCCUCGAGAUAAUGAUCCCAAGUCAUAUGGCACAAUCACGGGUAAAGGUUGGGAGAUACCAAAGAAAAAUGUUUCUCUCAGCUCUACCAGCUUAUCCUCAGAUGAGACAGCAGCUCAGGUCAUCCAACCCUCGUCCAUCAAAAGCAGUAGUAGCUCUUUACAAUACUUAUCUUCGUCGUUGUCUUCUGCAUACGAAAGUUAUGGCUCAUGGUUUAGCAAACGCAUGGGGAUGACUGCAGCACCCACAUCGGGCCAGGGCUCCUCAGGUUAUUUUGGAAAUUCCUUACAUAGUCCACCUGCGAAGGUGGGUGAGUACACCGAUCACUUCCCUUUUCAACAUCACAAUGGCAGUAACUUUUCACUGCCUCAAACCAACUGGAAUGUGAACCGUGUUACACCAUUGCCAUCGCCGCUUGCGGUUGAACAAGAUGAGUUCCCGUGGACUUCCAGUACCCCAGGCUCGCCGCAUACGGAAAACGGUCGACAGAAUCCUACUGCUUCCUCCGUGAUGCCCUUACAAAAUGUCGAUGUCAAAAGGAACUGUAAUAGGAUUACAGACACUUCGAGCGUCGAUGAAGCCUUCAAAUCAAUCUGUUUGUUCGAACCAGGCGAUUGCAAAAUGAUGAUAACAAAGGGUUCUGACCGUCAUGCUCCGGUUUUGGAGGUACCUACAGAUUUUGAGACUCGAGGCUACCCUUGGCUUACGGAAGAGCUUUUACCAAGAUACACAUCUUAUUUGCCCAAUUUCGUGCCAUGGUUUCAGUUGCAAGCCAUCCCGAUAGCCCUCGAUGCUGAGCGAAAAGUCAUAAAUGCUAUGAAGGCAGAUUUGCACACCGAGGUGCAUUCUCGCACCUUACUAAUUUCCCUCCGUUCACGAGAGAUAAAGGAUAUUAUUGUAGAGCGCGACCACUUUUCAUCGAGAAAUGUUCUCCGCACGAAAAAGGUAUUCUCCUCGGGCAAGUGCACCAGCGUUUCACCUAAAUUUCAGCAGCUAGUACUUGCAUGCGAGUGCAACAUAAAGCGAGCAAUGGUUAUAUGGGAAGAUAUUACCGACGUUAACGAGAAAUUUCAGGCCCUUCAACAAAUUUUCGAAGGGCUUUGCAAUUGA